AUGACUGACACUACUACUACUACUACUUCCACAGAGGGCGGCGGCAAGGCUCCAGCUAAGGUCACAGUUGAGGAGUCUGCUACUACUACCACUAAGGUUGAGCUUCCUAAAGGGGCUAUUGCUAGGGAGUCGGCUCGAGAAGGGGAGGAGGACGGGGAGGAUCAUACUCCCACUGAGGAGAUGAACAAGCUAGUCCACUUCAAUGCAUUGGAGCCCUCUCAUGUUGGGACUAUCAAGGAUGUCUCCGCCGCGAAUAAGCUGAUUCAGAGGAAGUAUGCUCCUAAAGAUUUCCAUUGGUCCAAGUCGGCUGAGAUUCACAGACUCCGAAGAAAGCAAAUCGUGCAAGCGCACCCAGAGAUCGUCGCGGUACAAGGUGCUGAUAAUCGUCAAGCCGUGUUUGCUACUUUCACUGUCCUCGUCCAGUUCGCGAUGUGCUUUCUAGUGAGGAACUGGUCGUGGCCUUCUGUAAUCCUGGCCACUUGGUUGAUCUCUGGCUUUAUGGAGCACUCUAUUGUCAUGGGGGGCCACGAGCUGUCCCAUGAUAUGUUCUUCAAGACUAGGUUUUAUAACAGGCUUUUCUCCCUCUUCCUGAAUCUCCCUGUCGGAGUUGCUAUGAUGGCCACUUUCAGAAGAUACCAUCUUGAUCAUCAUUCCUCCCAGGGAGUUCCCAAGGUUGAUGUUGAUCUGCCAACUCGAUUUGAAGCCAACCUAUUCCAACACAAGUUUGGCAAGUUCGUCUGGGCCUUCUUCCAACCCUUCUUCUAUGCCCUGAGGCCUAUGGUUGUUCACCCCCUCCCUAUGAGCUUGUAUGAGCUCACCAACUGGCUGGUCCAACUGCCGUUUGAUAUCCUCGUUGUGAAGUGCCUUGGGUGGAAAUCCUUUUUCUAUCUCAUUGGUGGUCUCUUUAUGGGUUUGAGCAUUUUCAACCCCAUUUCUGGUCACUUCAUCGCCGAGCAUUACGAAUUCGUGUAUGGUCAGGAGACUUAUAGCUACUACGGCCCUCUCAACUUCAUCGUCUACAAUGUUGGACUCCACAAUGAGCACCAUGACUUCCCCAAUGUUGCUGGGUUCAACCUAUGGAAGGUCAAGGCUAUCGCUCCCGAAUGGUAUGAUAUCCCUAGUUAUACUUCGUGGACUAAGGUGCUCUAUCAGUUCAUUACAGGCGAUAAUAUGAAUCUGUACUGCAGAGUUAUGCGCAAGCAUGCGUAAAAGGUUGCCAAGAAGAACCCAACUCGCUGAGUGCGAGUGCCGCCGAAUGUUACUUCUGAGUGGUUUGAUACCGGUUUAUAACAUCUACAUUACUGUUCCUAAUGUUGUAUUCAAAGGCAUUACAGUUGUUCCUA